GUAGUCCUGCACACCACACCUGGAAAUAGAUGCACCCCUGCCCCACGCCCCUACCCUGACUCCCGCUAACUGCUCCCACUUCGCGCCUCUCAGAAUUCGAGAACUCGGGCAGCCAGCCCCUGGAGAACGGCAGCCAGCGCGAUGCCAUCCAUAGACCUCCCCCAGCCGGGACAGACCUCCUAAUCUCCAGAACUGCGGGCUGCAGGGAGUUAAACUGCUGCCUUCCUCUCCUUCUCUCUUGCGGUUGGUGGCUUGUUUUCUAAAGGAACGUUUUAUUCACUUUUUAGUGUUUUCUACCGGUGGCACGCUACCCGCCUUGGUCCAGCCUCUGCUUGGUAAACGGGUUUUAUAUGUAUGUCUGUGUAGAUGUACUUUGGACGCCUUACAACGCUUGCGCCUAUCCAACAGGGGGACGGACAGCUUGUUGUUUUGGACACCCUUCUUUCCCCUCCACUUGGUACUCCGAACGCUGUGUGACCAAACUCCCCAUUGCCCCUUGGACGCGGAUUGCCUUGGGGUGCAAGUUUGGGGUGCAAGAGUCUAGUUAACAGGAAGGCCUGGGACCGCCCCGCCCCCGCCGCCAGCGGUUCGGGAAGUUUACAUCUGGAUUUUCACACAUUUGGUCGCCACUGCCCAGCUUCUGACUAACCUUGUGGGCGCCAGGUUUUCGGUACUGCAGCCUCCUCAAAUAUUAGCACUGCCUCCCCGCGCCUGCCCUGUCCCUCCUGGCUACUGAGGUCCUGCCCUCGCCCCAGCGGAACGCGAUCCCGAAGGCGCAGUGGAGCCCGGGGCCUGGGGCCCGCCGCUGAGCAGCUAUGGCUGCGGCGAUAGCCAGCUCCUUGAUCCGGCAGAAGCGACAAGCGAGGGAGUCCAACAGCGACCGGGUGUCGGCCUCCAAGCGCCGGUCCAGCCCCAGCAAAGACGGGCGCUCCCUGUGCGAGAGGCACGUCCUCGGGGUAUUCAGCAAAGUGCGCUUCUGCAGUGGCCGCAAGAGGCCAGUGAGGCGGAGACCAGAACCCCAGCUGAAAGGAAUUGUGACAAGGUUAUUCAGCCAGCAGGGAUAUUUCCUGCAGAUGCACCCAGAUGGUACCAUUGACGGGACCAAGGACGAAAACAGCGACUACACCCUCUUCAAUCUAAUUCCCGUUGGCCUGCGUGUGGUGGCCAUCCAAGGGGUGAAGGCCAGCCUCUAUGUGGCCAUGAAUGGUGAAGGCUAUCUCUACAGCUCAGAUGUUUUCACUCCAGAAUGCAAAUUCAAGGAAUCUGUGUUUGAAAACUACUAUGUGAUCUAUUCUUCCACACUGUACCGUCAGCAAGAAUCAGGCCGAGCGUGGUUUCUGGGACUCAAUAAAGAAGGUCAAAUUAUGAAGGGGAACAGAGUGAAGAAAACCAAGCCCUCAUCACAUUUUGUACCAAAACCUAUUGAAGUGUGUAUGUACAGAGAGCCGUCACUACAUGAAAUUGGAGAAAAACAAGGGCGUUCAAGGAAAAGCUCUGGAACACCAACCAUGAACGGAGGCAAAGUCGUGAAUCAAGAUUCAACAUAGCUGAGAACUCUUCCCUUCGUCCCACUCUCAUCCCUUCCCUUUUCCCCUACACCCUUUACCUAUUUCUUUCCAAUAAAUCAACCCAAGGAGAGAAAAAUAAAAUGGCAACGCAGGACCCAGUGGCUAAAUUCUGCACUCAAAAUCUUCCUUUGCUUAGGACAAGAAAAUUGAACUAAAGCUUUCCUGUUGCAAUGUGGUAGAAAAUGCAUAUGCACAAAGAUUAGCAUACAUACACGCAAGGGGAAAAAUAAAUCCAGACUCCACAAACAUUAAAGUAGACUGCUGUUAUUAACAGAGGGCUAAUUGUAAUGAAGACAUAACUGUAAUAAAGAUGAAAUAAAGUUAUUACCUUAAAGAA